CAGGAACAGACUUGACACUAGAUCCAAUUAUAAGGGCCUUUAUUUCUGCAGAAAGAGUACGCCUGCCAACAGAGCCAACAUUGUACUAAAGCAUUAUUCGCAUCUUUUAUACCAGGCAUCUCAAAGUGAAAUCCUGGAAGGCCACAGACUCUGUUGGUUUUUGAUGUGUUCCUGCAUUUAAAUGCAUAAUUUAAGUCAUUGAGUGGCUAAAGAGUCACCGUGCCUUGUUUCCAAGACCUGAAUCAACCGCUGAUUGAGAGGAAAUCACAAAAACCAGUGGCCCUUCACGACUGGGUUUUGAGACCCCUGUUUUAUACCCUCUACAAGGCUGUGCAAGCCUGUGCAUGUAUCAGUACAAGGUCAACUGCCUCAUAAGGGGUGACCGGGAGGCAAUUAAAAGAGUAGCUUAUGAGUUUGUGGAGACAAAAGCCAAAGAAGGAGUACUAUAUGUGGAGGUUAGGUACAGUCCACACCUUCUGGCUAACACCGAAGUGGACCCUAUACCAUGGAGCCAAAAAGAAGGCGACCUGACUCCAGAUGAAGUGGUGGACCUCGUGAACCGGGGCCUAAGAGCGGGAGAGAACACCUUCAGAAUAAAAGCCCGGUCCAUUCUGUGCUGCAUGCGUCACAUGCCCAACUGGUCCAUGGAGGUGGUGGAGCUGUGUAAGAAGUAUCGGCACAGUGGGGUGGUGGCCAUCGACCUGGCAGGAGACGAGUCUCUGAACUGUGAGGCCCACCCGGGGCACAGGAAGGCCUUUGAGGAAGCUGUCAGAAGUGGGGUGCACAGGACCGUCCAUGCAGGAGAAGUGGGCCCACCGUCAGUGGUGAAGGAGGCCGUGGAAGUCUUGAAAGCGGAACGCAUCGGACAUGGCUAUCGCACUUUAGAGGACCGGACUCUCUAUGAGCAGCUCCUUAAAAAGAAUAUGCAUUUUGAGGUUUGUCCAAUGUCCAGCAAAUUGACAGGGGCAUGUGAUCCAGAUUUCACUAAACACCCCCUCAUUCGGUUUAAAGAGGAUAAGGCCAACUACUCUUUGAACACAGAUGACCCUUUGAUAUUCAACACCACUUUAGAUGUGGACUAUUCGAUCACACAGAAAUACAUGAACUUCACAGAAAAGGAAUUCAAGAGGCUGAACAUAAAUGCUGCCAAGUCCAGUUUUCUGCCAGAGAAAGAGAAGAAGGAUCUUCUGAAUCGUCUGUUUGAUGCCUAUGGAAUGAAAAAGCCAGCCUUGAAAGGAGGUACUGAAAACAGCAGAGAUAUCCAACUAAUUAUGUCCACACACAGUGAGUAGCUCCUUACCUGCAAACAGAAGCACAGACCGGGCAGCCUACAUUUCCCACAAUUCAUCACAGAAGAGAAUACUUGCUGCCCAUACUGUCAGAAGGAUACACACCUGUUCAUGCAUUUAAUGAACUUUGGUAGUGUUUGUGUUUGGAAAUGCAUAUAAAUAUAUUUUCUGCAGCCACAUUAAGCGCCACGUGACGCUUAAUUCUAAAAUGUAUUAAUGUAGACAGCCAAAGAACCCAAACUCCAAACUCUCGAUGCUGCAUGAUAAAAAUAUAUCACAUGUAUAACUAUAUACUAAUAUAAUCAAUAUGUAAUCCAAUAAACCUAUAUCAGUAGUUGCAGCAAAGCUUAUGGAAACGCAAGAAACCACAGUAUCCACUGUAGAAAAAAAGGCAAACGCAGAAGGCUUAAAAAACCAUACUUACUCAGCAGAAAAUUAUUGCCAAAUAGAAGUGCUAGAAGACUAAUACUUUACAGUGACCCCUGUGUAACCUGAAUACAGUAGAAAAGUACAGGAGGCUAUAACUCUGUGAACUUGUAUGCGUAAUAGAAAAAUACAGAAAGCAAUGACGUGUAUGCAUAGUGGAAAAGUAUAGAGUAAGGGAAAGUUGGGGUAACUGUCCACUACGAUAAGAUUACCAUAGAACCGAAAAUCAUUGAUACGAUAAGAUCACCAUAGAACCGAAAAUCAUUGUGGUGCCCAGAAAGUCAGGUUGACCCACGAGCAAGGAAACUGAAAAUCCUUACGCGGCCAAAAAAAGAUCCUUACUGUGCCAAAAAAGACCAGAUGGCUGGUAUUUUUAGAAAUGUGUUAAAGGGGGGUUGUGGGGCACAAUUUGUGUAUAAAAUGUAUGCAAAACUGACAAUCGAGGUUCAAUUCGGCUGAAUUGUUCCGGCUUUGUGCACCAGUGCAAUAAAGUCUAAACUUUCUGAAGAGCUUGCUGCUGUGGUGUCUUUUCCCUCGUGAAAUUGUUUUCUACAGAUUGACGAUUGGCGUUGAAGUAUGUCGGUUCCUAGACACGACAGACUUAGUUAUUGCACUCAUGCCUACUUAAUUAUUUCUUGUAUUAUUUGCAUAGACUGCUUUGUUGGUGCUUUUGUUUGUGUUGAUCAGAUUAACCUACAGGGUCCAAGUACGCGGUUGUUCCCUUCACUUGGUACUGUACUUCCCUCUAGGGUUUUCAACACACUUGUUCCUGGUUAUGGUUAUACACUUUGUUGUACCUUGCUCUGGAUAAGAGUGUCUGCCAAAUGCCUGUAAUGUGGUGUAAUCCAGCACAAUAUGGGUUGGCUUAAUAUGGGUUGACAGUAAAUUAAGUGAAUAAAA